CCGUUUUUUAUUGUUGUUUCUUCACCAUUAAUGCAAAGCAGAGAGAAUCGAAAAAUAUCAAGAACUGAUCCCGAUUCACUUAAAACCUAGUUAUCUAUAUCGAUAAACAAUGAUUUCGAGAAAGCAACAACUCAUGAAGAAUUUUACUGAAACAGAAGAUAGAUCUAUCUACAGGUUAGUCUCUUCUCUUUAGUUCUCCCUCAGGUUUUCAAUUUAGGGUUUACAUUAGCUGUAGAUUUCUGUAAAGAUUUCUCGUUAGAUGAGAUCUUAUAGAUUUGUACAACUAGAUUAGUUGCAUGAUUUGUAUAGUUGUUUCAAGUGAUUUUGCAAGUAGUUUCAAUUUUUAAGAUUUUUGAACUUGGUCAAGAUAAUUGGGAGAAAUUGAUUUUAGAUUUCAGGUUUUGUAAGAUACCUGAAAUCUAGUAAUGAAGAGGAUCUAGGCUUAGUUGGAAAUUGGUUUUUGUAGGAAGGAUUUAAGGAGAUUGGGAAAUUUAAACAGAAAUGAAACAAACCCUAACUUAGAAAGAGGGAGAAAGAGAAUUAUACUUUCAUGGAGGAUUUUACCAAUUAUAUCCACAGCCCAAUUCACUUGGCAGUGGUACGCCGUGACUAUGCUUCUUUAAGACGUAUUAUUUCUGCUCUUCCUCGCCUUCCCAAGUCUGGGGAAAUCACUACAGAAGCUGAUUCUAAUGCAGCUGAGACUCAAGCAGAUGCUAUUUCAGCUUCUAUUGAUCGUCGUGAUGUCCCUGGUCGUGAAACCCCACUACACCUUGCUGUCCGUCUACGUGAUCCUAUUUCGGCGGAGAUACUAAUGGCUUCUGGUGCUGAUUGGAGUCUUCAAAAUGAGAAUGGUUGGAGUGCUCUUCAAGAAGCUGUUUGCACGAGAGAAGAUGGGAUUGCAACGAUCAUUGCACGGCAUUAUCAGCCCCUUGCAUGGGAAAAAUGGUGUCGUCGUCUCCCACGAAUUGUAGCUUCUGCAGGACGGAUCCGUGAUUUCUACAUGGAGAUAACUUUCCAUUUCGAGAGUUCUGUCAUUCCUUUUAUUGGUCGAAUUGCCCCAUCAGAUACCUACAGAAUUUGGAAGCGUGGUUCCAAUCUACGGGCUGAUAUGACUCUUGCAGGAUUUGAUGGGUUCCGCAUCCAACGGUCUGACCAGACAUUUCUCUUUCUUGGAGAGGGUUACAGUUCAGAUGAUGGCAAUAUGGCUUUACCUCCUGGUUCUUUGUUAGUCCUUGCUCACAAGGAGAAAGAGAUCACAAAUGCUCUAGAGGGAGCUGGGGCUCAGCCAACAGAAGCUGAGGUUGCGCAUGAGGUAGCUUUGAUGUCUCAGACUAAUAUGUACAGGCCUGGGAUUGAUGUAACACAGGCUGAGCUUAUACCCCAUUUAAAUUGGCGGCGGCAGGAGAGAACUGAGAUGGUUGGAAGUUGGAAAGGGAAGGUUUAUGAUAUGCUCAAUGUGAUGGUUAGUGUGAAAUCAAGGAGGGUGCCGGGUGCAAUGACUGAUGAAGAACUCUUUGCAUCUGAGAGUGAGGAGAGGAUGGUUAGUGGCGGGGACAAUGAUGAGGAUUAUGGUGAUGUAUUAACCGCUGAGGAAAUGAGUCAAUUGGAUUCAGCUCUGAGGAUGGGCAGCUCAGAUAGUUUUCGUGAAGAUGAAGAGCCUGGUUCUUUUGAAAGCGUAGACAAUGGUGUGGGAUGUUCUAGUGGUAACAAUGAAACUAAUGGGGUUGUAAAGGGAAGGAAGAGUUGGUUCGGAUGGGGAAAAAGGGAUUCAAGGAAUGGUGGGAAUGAUCUUGAAGAAUCAAAACCUCUAAAGAAGUUUUCGAAUCUGGCCGUCGAGGAUGGCAGCCAUAGAACAGUUGAUUAUCGCAGGUCAACUUCUGAAAUUCCAACUACCAGAGAUGAUUUAGGGGAAGCUAAAAAGGCAAAAGAGAAAAACAGUAAGAAGAAGAUAAAGAAAGGAACCACAGGCGAGUCUAAGCUUGAAAGUGAGUAUAAAAAGGGUUUGAGACCAGUUUUAUGGUUGACACCUGACUUCCCUUUAAAAACAGAAGAGCUCUUGCCAUUACUUGACAUCUUAGCAAACAAGGUUAAGGCUGUUAGGAGACUCAGGGAGCUAUUGACUACCAAACUGCCUAAUGGCACGUUUCCUGUCAAGAUAGCUAUUCCUAUCGUUCCGACUAUUCGUGUAAUUGUCACAUUUACAAAAUUUGAAGAGCUUCAGCCUAGUGAAGAGUUCUCCACCCCACUUUCCAGCCCAACACAUUUCCAAGAUGCCAAAGGCAAGGAAUCAGAGGGGCCAUCAACAUCAUGGAUUUCAUGGAUGAGAGGGAGUCGGGCAGGUAAUUCAAGUGAUAGUGAAGUGCGUUCAUAUAAGGAAGAGGUCGAUCCUUUCCAAAUACCAUCUGAUUACACCUGGGUUGAUGCAAAUGAAAAAAAGAACAGGAUGAAGGCAAAGAAAGCCAGGAGCAAAAAAGGUAAGAAGCAGGUAUCAUCCAAAAGCACUGAUGGCAGCCGACAUAUGAGUGAGAAUGACGAGCAAUGACAAUAAAGAUCCCUAUUUGUACUGGCAUUAUCUUACAAAAUCAUUUUGAAUGAGGAAGAACGAAUGUAAAGGUUCGUCUGUCUGAAACUGAUCCAUUUUCUUCCUUCAAAAUUUGUGAAUGCAGAAUGAAAAUAUUAUGGUUCCAGUUGAUUCAAGAAGAUCAACAGUUUUCUACUUCAUCUCUUCUUUAUUCCACUUCUAUAUGUGAUUUGUUGUGAAACUGAGGGAAAUAUAAUCUCUUUUUCUUCUA